CACUAAAGAAAUAGUGAGGAAGAACUUGAAACUUUGACCAGUAAAAAAUAAAAGCUUUAUUUACCAAAAAUAUUCUAACACAAUAAUGGACGACAGCUGUAUGACGAGUUUAACCGUGAGGGUUCACCACGUUACAAACGCGCUUGUCCUUUUGCAAUAAUAUUCUCACUCGAAGACUCCAAGUCAAUAGUUUAAGACUCCAAGUCAACGAUACUGAGAGCAACAUAAAUCUUAACUUCUCAACAGCCAAAUCCUUUGCUGCAAAACUUGCUUCAAAUCUUAACUCAAGUCCAAAUUCUUUGAAAAGAAUCGAAACAUGGCUUUGGUUGGAGAGGCUAUUCUCUCUGCCUCCUUGCAGGUGCUGUUUGACAAGAUUGGUUCCAGGGAGUUCGUGGACUUGUUCCGGAGAAAGAAACUGGACGAGUCGCUUGUGAAGAAACUGGAGAUAACGUUGUUGAGCCUUAAUGCGGUGCUUAAUGACGCGGAGGAGAAGCAAUUCCUGAACAGCUACGUGAAAGAGUGGCUUGAUAAGCUUCAAGAUGCUGUCUUUGAUGCGGAUGACCUUCUCGAUGAGAUCAAUGCUGAAGUUUUGCGAUGCAAGGUGGAAGCUGAAUUUCAAACCGUCACAAAUAAGGUGUGGAACUUCCUCCCUACUUUUCUUGAUCAUAAUUAUCAAGGCAUGAAUGGUAGGAUUCAAGAGUUGCUUGAAAGAUUAGAACACCUAGCAAAACAAAAGGAUGUGCUUGGCCUGAGAGAAGGUGUUGUUGGGGGAAAGGUUGCUCAAAGAACUCCAACAACUUCCUUGGUGGAUGAAUCUUCUGUGUAUGGUAGGGAUGGAGAUAAAGAAAAGCUGAUGAAACUGUUGUUAUCUGAUGAUGCAAGCGACAAGGAUGUCUCCGUCAUCACCAUAGUGGGAAUGGGAGGCAUUGGCAAGACAACCCUCGCUCAGCUCCUUUAUAAUGAUGACAAAGUGAAAGAGCAUUUUAAUCUUAGAACCUGGGCGUAUGUUUCGGAAGCUUUUGAUGUUACUAGGGUAACUAAGACCCUACUUGAGUCAGUCAGUUCAAAAGCUUACGAUAAUAAAGACCUGAGUUUUCUUCAAGUUGAGCUAGGACAACAAAUAAAGGACAAGAAAUUUUUAUUUGUAUUGGAUGACCUUUGGAAUGAGAACUAUGGUGAUUUGAGUCUCCUACAACGUCCUUUUGCAUCCGGAGCAUGGGGAAGUAGGGUCAUUGUGACAACACGGAACAAAAGUGUUGCAUCUCUCAUGCGCACCGUUCCAAUUCACUAUUUGAAACAGUUGUCUGAUAAGGAUUGCUGGUUGUUACUUUCAAAACAUGCCUUCGAAAAUGGAAACUCAAGUGCACAUCUAGAGCUAGAAGAAGUUAGUAAGAAAAUUGCUUCUAAGUGCAACGGUUUACCAUUAGCUGCAGAGACACUUGGAGGCCUCCUGCGUUUCAACACAAAUUAUGAGGAAUGGAACAGCAUACUAAAUAGCAAUAUUUGGGAGUUGCCUCCUGAAAAAUGUAAUACAAUUCCAGCUCUAAGAUUGAGUUACCAUUAUCUCCCAACUCAUUUAAAAUGGUGUUUUGCUUAUUGCUCAAUUUUUCCGAAGGGCUAUGAAUUCCAAAAGGAAGAUAUUGUUCUACUGUGGGUGGCAGAAAGUUUAAUUCCACAAGCUGAGAGUGAGAAAAGAAUGGAAGAGCUCACUAAGAAAUACUUUGAUGACUUAUUGUCACGAUCAUUUUUUCAAAGCUCAAGAAAUGAGAAGUUCACAAUGCAUGAUCUCAUCAAUGACUUAGCUAUGUCUGUGUCAAGGGAAUCUUGUUUGAGAUGGGAAGGGGGCGAAUCCCAUGAAGUUUUGAAAAGGGUUCGGCAUUUGUCGUAUGCUAUAGGGCAAUUUGAUUGUGCUGCGAAAUUUGAGCCAUUAUAUGAGGUUAAGCAUUUGCGAACCUUCCUACCUCUAAGUAGAGAAUGGCAUCAGAGAUAUGUAAGUAAAAGGGUUUUACAUGAGUUAGUGCCAUCUCUAUUAUGUUUACGGGUGCUAAAGUUGUCAGAAUAUGGUAAUAUUUUUAAGUUACCCAAUUCUAUUGGUAACCUCAUUCAUUUGCGCUACUUGGAUUUCUCUAAAACUGCAAUCAAGAGGUUACCUUCCACAGUUUGCACUCUCUACAGUCUACAAACAUUAUUGUUAUCAUAUUGUUUCUCUCUAAUUGAAUUGCCUACAGACAUGAGGAAAUUGAUUAACUUGAGGCAUCUUGAUUUUAGUGGAACACCAAUUCAAGAGAUGCCAGUGCAAAUGGGUAGACUAAAAAGUUUGAGAACAUUGACUACUUUUGUUGUGGGGAAAUCUACUGGGUCGACUAUUGGUGAAUUGGGGGAGUUGUCCCAUCUUGGAGGAAAACUUUCAAUUUUGAAGCUUAAUAAUGUAGUUGAUGGUAGGGAUGCCUUGCAAGCUAAUUUGAAGAACAAGAAAGAUCUGAAGGAGUUAGAGUUGGCAUGGGACUCCGAAGAUGCCGAUCAUUCUGAAAAGGUGAGAGAUGUACUUGACAAGCUCCAACCUUGCAUGAAUUUGGAGAAAAUGACCAUCCAACUUUAUGGCGGGACCAGCUUCCCAAACUGGUUGGGAGACUCUGCCUUCAAUAAAAUAAAAGUUAUGCGCCUCGAAGGCUGUCAUUAUUGCUUCGAGUUGCCACCGCUUGGACAGCUACCUGCUCUUAAGGAGCUCUUCAUAUGUAAGAUGAAAUUUCUUAGGACGUUAGGUCCUGAGUUGUAUGGUCAGCCAUUUCAGCCAUUUCAGCCAUUUCAAUCGUUGGAGAUGUUGGAGUUUAAGGAGAUGGCAGAGUGGGAGGAAUGGGUACCAAGUGGGAGUGGAGGUCCAGACUUUCCUCGUCUCCAGAAGCUGAUUCUAGAAAAGUGUCCAAAGCUGAGAGGAAGCUUGCCUUGUGAUCUACCUUGCUUGAAGAAGCUUAGUGUGAACUGGUGUGGGUUUUUACAUGAUCAAAGGGCCACUGCUACUACUAGUACUAGUACCAAUCUCAACUACAAUUCUCUUCAAGAAUUGAGAAUAGAAGAUGGAUGCCAAACAGGUCUGUUAUCAUUACUAGAGACAAAACUCCUGUCCCAACUUGACAUUAGACAUUUUAAUGACAUACAAUUCUUACCCAACAUCAAUCGUCUUCAAAGUUUGACUCUCUGGAAUUGUCCAACCCUGUCGUCGUUCCCUGAAGAUGGCCUACCCACUACGUUGACAUUACUGUCUAUAUACAACUGUAGGAGAUUAGAAUUCCUACCUCAUGAGAUGUUGGCCAAAUUAACAUCGCUCGACCUUUUGAGUAUACAGGAUAGCUGUGAUUCAAUGAGGUCCUUCCCCUUGGGCAUUUUUCCCAAAUUGACGACACUUAUUAUUGGCUAUUGUGAGAAUCUGGAAUCGCUUUGCUUGAUUGAAGAAGAAGGAGCGGUUGAGAAUCUAAGUCAUCUCAAUCAAUUGGUUAUCGUCGGGUGUCCAAAUCUGGUGUGUUUUCCGCAGGGAGGAUUGCCCACUCCCAACCUGACUCAAUUGGACCUCAGGAGAUGCGAUAAGUUAAAGUCAUUACCUGAACGCAUUCACACCCUCACAGCCCUUCAAUAUUUGACUAUAAGUGAUCUUCCAAAUCUGGAGUCAAUUGCAGAAGAUGGGGGUUUGCCUCCCAACCUCCGAGAUUUUAGCAUUGAGAAUUGUGAGAGACUGAGGGCUUCAUCUUCAUCAGUGGGAGACUACUGUAACUGGGGUUUGCAAGCACUUGUCUCCCUUAAAUACCUUAAUAUUUGUGGCAGGGGAAGUGAUGAAAUCUUGGAGACGUUGCUCAAGCAACAGCUGCUCCCUACCACUCUUCAGAGUCUCCGCAUCGAGGAACUUUCAACUCUGAAAUCUUUGGAUGGAAAGGGACUUGCACACCUUACUUCUCUUCGAAGUCUAUAUAUUCAUAGUUGUAAGAGUCUGGAAUUCCUUCCAGGAGAGGCACUUCAACACCUCACUUCUCUUCAAGAGCUAUAUCUUUAUGACUGUCCGAGUCUCCAAUUCCUGCCAGAAGAGGCACUUCAACACCUCACUUCUCUUCAAACUCUAGGUAUUGGUGGGUGUGACAGUAUUCAAUUCCUGCCAGAAGAGGGUCUGCCGCCAUCUCUUUCUUAUCUGAGCAUCUCCAAUUGCUCUGCCCUGAAGAAAAGGUAUGAGAAUAAGACGGGACAAGAUCAUUGGGCAAGCAUAUCUCACAUUCCAGGCAUCAAGAUAAAUGGCCAACUCAUCAUACGAUGAUAUGACUUCUCUCUCUCUCUCAUAGAGACAAACAAACUCAGGUCAGGGUUCAGGGUUCAGGAAAUGUUCUCCAGGUGGAGCUCUAGCAAGAGACCAGCAUUUGGACAAUGUGGUAAACGGAUCUCAAUCUAACAUAACAAGCAUCACAUGUCCAUUCAUGACAAAGUGGGAGGAAUGAAGACCAGAAGGCCGGUGUCCAGAUUGCCUUUAGACAAGUGUGGGGUUCUACAUGAUGAAAGGGCCACUACUACUCGUAACAUGGACUACUUAUCUCUUGAAGAAUUAGAAAAAUAUAUGAUGGAUGCCCAGGUCUGUUCUCGUUACUAGAGACAAAGUUCCUGUUCGUGUUCCUAUUUGAUACGAUGCCAUUUCCAAUUCAAACUUUUCAGGAGUAUCUUGUUGAGCUGAGAUAUGCAUGAAAAUGAAAAGCCUCAUUGUAUAGCUAUUAGAACUGGCUUUUCAAAAUCCUAUGAGGAACAAAAGUAUGAGAAAACACACGAAGAAUGACCUUAUCAUCUUCCAUCAAACUCAAGAAAUGCAUGCUCUAAUGAGUUGAAGUUGAAGAUUCGGGAAAGAAUGAAAGCUGUAGCAGAAAACAUAGGGCUGAGAUCUCUCCAAGGUGAUUGUGGAGAGGUUUGCCAAUUGACCUUAGUGAAAUCAAAAAAGAAAAAUAGUUCAUUUGUGUUUGGAGGGGCGGCCUUCAUCUGAUCUGACAGCAUGGAAAAGCUCUCCUUGUGUUGUUGAAGAAUUCUUCAUCUCAAACAAGAUAAAGUAAUGUUAAACCCUGGGGGGCACGUUGUCGUUUGGUUUUCUUGCAAGAAAACUUUAUCGGAUGAUGAUGAAGUUGUUGAGAGUUCCUUUCUAUGUAAUGCCAUAUGCAGCCAGUUUGCUGGCCUUUGUCUAUGAAUCCUUCAAAGACAGCCAUGGAUUGUUUACUUAAACCUGUUAAAGCUCGUAUUGUUGAAGUUCAAUUUCCUCUUGUCCCGCAUUGAAAGAUUAUAG